GGAGGGUUAGGGAGGGUGGUGUUUGUUUUUCUUCAUCUGCCUGGCCGGAUUGAUCAGUGAGAGGGAUUUAAAGCCCUUCCUCUGUGAGUGUGUUUGUGUGAGAGGCUGAGAGGGAGAGAGAGAGAGUGUGUGUGUGUGAGAGAGAGGGAGGGGAAAGACAGAAAGAAAGGAAAAAAGGGACAGGGAAUCUGCUGUUGGGGUACUGCUGACGAUAAGAUGUCGGGCCAGAGUAUCACGGACCGUAUCGCCGCCGCUCAGCACAGUGUCACCGGCUCUGCUGUUUCCAAAACCGUCUGCAAAGCCACAACACACGAGAUCAUGGGCCCUAAGAAGAAACAUCUGGACUAUCUGAUUCAGUGUACAAAUGAAAUGAAUGUAAACAUACCUCAGCUGGCGGAUAGCCUUUUUGAAAGAACUACUAAUAGCAGCUGGGUGGUGGUAUUCAAGUCUCUCAUCACAACCCAUCAAAUGAUGGUUUAUGGAAACGAGCGUUUUAUCCAGUACCUAGCUUCAAGAAACACCUUGUUCAACUUGAACAAUUUUUUAGAUAAAAGUGGAUUGCAAGGUUAUGAUAUGUCUACAUUCAUCCGGCGCUAUAGUAGAUACCUGAACGAAAAGGCAGUUUCGUAUAGGCAGGUUGCUUUUGACUUCACGAAGGUGAAACGAGGGGCUGAUGGUGUAAUGAGAACAAUGAACACAGAGAAAUUGCUGAAGACUAUGCCCCUUAUACAGAAUCAGAUGGAUGCCUUGCUGGACUUCAAUGUCGGUGCCAAUGAGCUAACAAAUGGUGUGAUCAAUGCAGCUUUCAUGCUACUCUUCAAAGAUGCCAUUAGACUUUUUGCAGCAUACAACGAAGGGAUCAUUAACCUCUUGGAGAAAUACUUCGAUAUGAAGAAAAACCAGUGCAAGGAGGCUCUUGAUAUAUACAAGAAAUUCCUUACUAGAAUGACAAGGAUCUCUGAAUUCCUUAAGGUUGCCGAACAAGUUGGAAUUGACAGGGGGGACAUACCAGAUCUUUCUCAGGCUCCAAGUAGCCUCCUUGAUGCAUUAGAACAGCAUCUAGCUUCAUUGGAAGGAAAGAAAGUUAAAGACUCUUCAACAGCUGCUAGCAGGGCUAGCACCCUUUCAAAUGCAGUCUCAUCACUUUCUAACACUGGCAUGUCACUUAGCAGAGUAGAUGAAAGGGAAAAACAAGCCGCUUUGGAGGAAGAGCAGGCCCGAUUGAAAGCACUGAAGGUGGAGCAGCGUUUGAGAGAACUUGCAAAGACAUCCUAUCCAUCUUCUGGAACUACAGCAGCAUCACCCAGUUCUACUUCAGGUGGAAGUAUCAACACAACAGCAGCCAUAGACCUCUUCUCUACCCCUAGCUCUUCCAAUAGCACGUCCAAACUGCCAAACGACUUGCUUGAUCUUCAACCAACAUUUCAACCCUCCAUGCAUUCUGUUUCAGCAGUACCACUGGCAGCUAAUACAUGGGGAGAUCCCUUCUCCUCUUCUGAUGCUGCUGAUGAAGCCAUUCCAAGCUUAAAUCCUUUUCUCACGAAAGCUGAUGAAGUUCUAAAUACCACUGUCGCCUUCUCAGAUGGUGUGAUCUUUACUUCUAGGACACAUAGCCAUGAAAUGUUUGAUUCCUUCUGUGGUCCUCCAGCCUAUUCUAAUACUUCCCAGUUUAGAACAGAGUCCCCUGCUGUAGCUGGUCUAUUUGCAGGGUUCACUCCUUCACCAGCUACUCAGACACUAUCUUCAUCAAGCCUUAAUGUUGACUUUGAGUCUGUAUUUGGAACUAAAUCAGCUUCCACAGCCAAUAACGUCAUGGAUUCUGAUGACUUUGAUGGAUUAGGUGGACUGCUGAAACCAACUGUAGCUCUGCAGAGUCAGACCCAACCAACUUCAAAGCCGCAGCCAAACAAGCUAGUAGGAGAGGAUUUGGAUUCAUCAUUGGCUAAUCUUGUUGGCAACUUGGGAAUUGGAAAUGGAUCUGCUAAAAAAAGUGAUCUUCAUUGGAACCAGCCUGGGGAAAAGAAACUAACUGGAGGAACCAACUGGCAACCCAAGGUUGCUCCUACUACAACCUGGAAUCCUGCUACAUUGCAGAAUGGCAUGCAUUUCCCUCAAUACGCUCCUCCCAUUAUGGCUUACCCAGCCACAACACCAACAGCAGUGAUGGGAUAUGGCAUGGCACCUCCAAUGGGAGCUAUGCCUUUGAUGACACAACCAACGAUGAUGUACACUCAGCCAGUCAUGAGACCAUCUAACCCCUUCAGCUCUGUACCUGGUGCCCAGAUGCAAUUUAUGUAGUGGUAUCAAAUGGAUAGAUUCUGAGAAGAUGAGUGCUAAGCAGCAAAUUUUUUAUUCUUCAUGCAAAAUAUUCGCUGUUGUGAAACUAUCUUCCAUAAAGAUGACCUCAGUAAGGAAGUUAAAACAAGGCAGAAUGAUCAAGAUGGGACGUUUUCUUGAAAGCAAAUGUUGAUGGACAAACUUCAACAGCAGAGGGAAAGGCUUUUGUUGGAGUGAUGACUGAUUUAAUCAGGAUUUUAAUUGGUGCAACCAAUUAUGCUCCACAGUACAACAUUUUGUUCCAUUGUUGAGUCAAACCUCUUAAUUUAGAAAUGGUGGCUUGAAGAACACGUAGGAUCUACAACUAUAUGAAACAACUGCUGGAAUGUAAAUUAUCAGGAAUUGGUGAGGUAUUCUUUGAAAAGCAGCAGUAAAUUAUGUAAACUGUUAAUUUUUUUCACAAACAUGCUAAAAUUAUUAAUUCAUAAUUUUACACUUUAUUCAAGUUUUGCAGUAGACAUUCCUUGUGUACUAUAUUUAUUUAUGACUGUCAGAUUAAGUAACAAAAUUGCAUCAGAUGCUUCCCGUGAGGAUUAAUAUAGAUGUGCAUGAUUCAUCAAUUGGAUGAAAACAUGAGUUUGAAUGAAAAAUACAGUUAAUUGAAAGAUGAAGCACUAAUUAUUCUACAAAUCAGUUUACUUAUUCCUAGUACAAUUAUUUGUAGCCAGAACCAAAAUCUUCAGUUUAUAUGGAAUUUAGAAUGAAUAAUGUAUUAAUCAAUGUAGUUAAUUCUGUGCCUAGGAGUUUGCGAGGGAACAGUUAUCGACAUGCAAAGCACGACAUUUGUAUUUUGGCAUUAGCAUAAAUGGGAAGGCCAUUUUUAUUACUCCAUGCUCAGUUUAUCAUUAUUUUACAUCCAAGUUUGAUGCUGCCUUUCCUAGAAUGUAAGGAAUUGCCUUCAGUUCACAAAUAUCCUCUACCUCCAAUGGACUCCAAAUCAUUUGGAGAUCUCAGAACACUAGAAAAAUUUGUUUAAAUGUCCACACAUGGUGUCUUCACUGGUUCUGAGAAGAUUUGUUUACACAUAGUUGGAUAUGAGAGAAUAGUUUCUGUGUAGAUUUUUUUUUUGAAAAGUAACACAGUAAAGCACUGUUGAUCGGUGCUUCAUUGUAUAUAACAUAAAUUCUGUCCACAUUAGUGGUGUGAAGGGUAGUUUGAGCUUAAGGCAAUUCAGUACAUGAACUUAGCAAAAUUUUGCUGCAUUGUCUUUGCAGAAUAUAUUUUGUUUAAAAGAAAAAUUGUAUGUAGGAGAAAAUUGGUGGAUUUUCAAAUAAAGAGCAGCUUUCACUGAAAUUUUGUUACCAGCUAGGUCCAAGUUACAUCAUCUUGAUUACAAAAGAUCCUGUGCAUGGAUGUAACAACUCUGCAUUAUUUAAUAAAAGAAUUAAGCUGUUAUA